AUGCCUCACUCCUUCGGUAUGCGCGCGCGAACGCGCGACAUGUUCAAGCGGGGGUUCAAGACCAAGGGAAUGAUCCCCUUGUCGACCUUUCUCCGAACGUACCGCGUCGGUGACAUCGUCGACAUCAAGGCCAACGCCGCCCAACAAAAGGGUAUGCCCCACAAGUACUACCACGGCCGCACCGGCAUCGUCUACAACGUCACCGCCAGUUCGGUCGGUGUCAUCGUUUACAAGGUCGUCGGUAACCGUUACAUGGAGAAGCGAGUCAACUUGCGCGUCGAGCACGUCAAGCACUCCAAGUGCCGUGAUGACUUCUUGAACCGAGUCAAGUCCAACGCCGCGGCCAAGAAGGACGCCAAGGCCAAGGGAGGUGAGUAAUCGAAUCGUCGCGAUUUUUCUUUGCGACGCACCAGCGCUGAUUGGACUGGUUUCGAUGUCUUGCAGAGACCGUCCUCCUCAAGCGCUUGCCGCUCGCCCCCCGAGAGGCCCGCACCGUCUCGACCGCCGACAACAACCCCCAGACCCUCGCACCUCAACCUUACGGUCAGUCCUACAACACCACCACCACCUCUCAGUCGCAAACAAAUCCUGACUUUGCUCUGUCCCUUCUACUCUACAGACACCACCAUCUAA